AUGAGCGGGUCUCUCAUCGGUCCUCGUUUGACGAUCCACCUGGAUGGUACGCUCAAACUCGCACGCGCCCACCCUGUUCUCGCGCUCUUGUCGGUCGCCGCCCUCGUUCUCAUCGCCUACAUUCUCUGGGCGUACCCAUAUCGCGAGUACACGCUUCCGUAUCGCAACCUUCGCGGACCAAAGGCAUCGUCGGUGAUCUGGGGCAACUUCGCGGAGAUUCUCGAGGAGCCUACAAAUGCUCCGCAGACACGUUGGAUCGCCGAGUUCGGCAACGUCUUUCGCUAUCAGACUCUCUUCGGAAAGCCACGCAUCUGCUUGGGCGACCCUGUCGCCAUUGCCCACAUUGCCCAACACACUUACGAUUAUCAGAAGGCCAGUGCGACGGUGUAUUCACUCGAACUGGUGCUCGGUCGCGGUCUUCUCACCGUCGAGGGUGAUGAGCACCGGCGCCAGCGCAAGAUCCUCAGCCCCGCGUUUGGCCUCCCAGCCAUCAAGUCUAUGCAGCCAAUCUUCAUGGACAAGGGGUGGGAGCUACAACGCAAGUUGAGCAGCAUUCUCGACUCGGACGAGGACUCAUUCUCGCCGACACCGACAGCGCCAGAAGAUCGUGUACCCGGCACGAAGAAGGUUGACGUGAUCCGGUACAUGGGUCAGAUGACGCUCGAUGUCAUUGGUCUUGCGGGCUUUGACUAUGACUUUGGUGCGCUCGCAGGCCGCAGUACCGAUCUGGCCGACUCGUUCCGCGCUCUCCUCAAGGCCGGUAGCAACCCAGGCAUUAUGGCGAUCCUAGCGGCGGUGAUACCAUUUUUCCGCAUCUUCCCCAACAAGCUGACUCACGCCGUCCGAGUCGCCAAGUCGCAGACAGACCGUGUCGCUCGCGAGAUUGUAAUGCAGAAGAAGGCAUUCGUGACGGCCGAAAUGCAGACGGGGGAGAAGAACGAGACCCUUGGUCGCGACCUGCUCUCGCGAGUCGUCCGAGCGAACAUGGAUCCUGAACUGCGCCCGGAGCAGCGGUUGACCGACGAAGAGGUGAUCGCUCAAGUAGUCACCUUCAUGAUUGCUGGUCAUGAGACAACAGCGACGGCGCUCACGUGGUUGAUUCCCCGCCUGGCUGAGAACCCACAGGUGCAGAAGAAGCUUCGGGACGAAGUGCGCUCGUUCGCGCACGACAAUCCGACCUUCGACGAGCUAAAUUCACUCCCGUAUCUUGACAACGUGGUUCACGAGUCACUUCGUCUUGACCCGCCGGUCGCGGGAGGCGUUCGUGUUGCGGCCAAGCAUUACAUUAUUCCUCUCGGUCAACCAAUUCGAGGCCGCGACGGCAAGAUGAUGAGCAGCAUCGACGUGCCAGCCGGAACUGACAUCUUCAUUCCGCUCAUGAACGUCAACCGCUCGACCGAGAUUUGGGGUCCUGAUGCUCUCGAGUUCAACCCCGACCGCCACGGUGACCCAAAGCUCCCUCUUCAGAAUGUCUCGGGCGUGUACGGCAAUCUGCUGACGUUCUUCAACGGUGCUCGCAACUGCAUCGGUUACCGCCUAACGCUCGCCGAGAUGAAGGCCGCAAUCUUCUGCGUAUUCCGCCACCUCGAGGUGCUGCCGCUGCCCUCCAACCCGCAGUUCCGGCAGAAAGCCCAAAUGGUCAUGCGCCCAGAAAUGAUUGGUGAAGAGGACGCUGGUUACCAGAUGCCCGUGCUUAUCCGUGCCCUUGCCGACGAUGAUUAA